CUUAACAUAUUUUUUUAAAAAGGUCCAGAGCCCAACAUCAUUUUUAUCUGCUUGUUGUAAUGCAGAAAAUAGGUCUGUGAAAUGAAAGGCAGUCUUUCUGCUUCCCUGUCUCCCUCUCCCUCCACCUCUCCCCUCCUCCCUUUGUUCUCUUCUUCCCCUCCCCCCCUCCGUUCCAGUUCCAUAUUGAAAAACUGCUUGUGCUGGAUGGAUAAUUAACACAGAGCUAUAGAGCAACAGGUCCCACUGGUGGCGACUAAAUCUGAAGUAAAUGUUAAUGUCUUGCAGGUUCACGUGUAUUAAUAGGCGAGGGAGAUGAGUGAGGUUAGACUCGGAUCAGCCGCACUGGUGUAUGACUAGAAAUAGAUCCUCUUAAUUAGAGAGCCAAGAACCAUGACAACUACCAACAUCUUCCACCUGCAGUGGUGAGCUGCAGCCUCAUUAGUGAAUGAAAGAGGCAUUCUAAGUUAAAACUGGACUCCGUCCUUUGGCUGUAAGUCGGGAUCAUCUGGCUCCAGGCUUUGAAUCUUUGACACGGAGAGAUCUGUCAGUGCAGGCAUUACAGUGAGCUGAGAGAGAGAGUGUGAGAAAGAGAGAGAGAGUGUGUGUGUGGUUUUCUCUUUGAUGGCUCCAGAAAUAGACCAAUCUAGACACCCUCAUCAGCAAUAGAGACAGAUUAUUUGGAUUUGCUUAUAGGAGUCUAGAUGCUCGAGUCCUGCUGCAGAGGUUGGUUUUAGGAGUCUUCAUUUUGAAAAAAUUAAUGUCUUUGACCAGUUUUUCAGUUGGUUUGUGUGUAGAUGUUACUGUUAACAGUUUAUGGGCCCUCUCACGCCUCACUACACCACACCAAACUCUGAGAUGCUUCUCUUUCAGUUGUACAAUCUCUGAAGACUUAGAGCCCUGUUGUUAUGAACUAUUUUGUAGCUAACAAUGUCUUUAAGAUCAGGUAGUGGUUAAAAUAAAUAGCGAGUUGGAGAGCAGUGAACAGUCACUUUCUGGCCAGGGAUUGCAGACCAGGGCUUUUUAACAGACGAUCUGGAAGGAAACAUCCAUAGUUGGGAAGAUGGGAAGAUAUUCUGCAGGAGCUCCAUGCUGACAGAGCGUUCUGUUCUCUGCAGUGAAGGGUGCCUGUCUUGAAGCACUGCAAACCAUGUUCUUUUGAAGGCAGAAAAUAAAGUAGAAGUUCUUGGCCUGUUGGCUAAAGAACUACCAGUUUUCCAAGACAAGCCAGCUCUUGUACAGAAGACGACUAUUCCAGGGCUCACCUUCCUUCCAAGGACUUGAUGGUUCUCAGAAGGAAUCUAAAGGUUCAAAGACUGUUGUGCUCUAGGUAGACUUUAGCCUCCAUUCCCAGGAAAAUGUCUCCACUCCCAGAACCUUCCUUUUAUAAGAUAAGUCGCCGUAGAGAUACCUGUAUGAUGUGAAUAAGAAUUAAUUCUCACGUGUACGAUGUAAUCCUCCACUGAGUGAAGAGAUGUUGCCUCCUGGGGAGUGGAUGUGUCACCGGUGCACUGUUCGCCGAAAGAAACGAGAGCAGAAAAAGGAGCUCGGCCAUGUCAAUGGACUGGUGGACAAAUCUGGCAAACGGACUACAUCCCCCUGCAGUGAUACUGACUUGUUGGACAGAUCAGCUAACAAAACUGAACUCAAGGCCAUUGCCCAUGCCCGGAUCCUGGAGAGGAGAGCCAGCCGGCCUGGCACGCCCACAUCCAAUGCCAGUACAGAGACCCCCACCUCUGAGCAGAAUGACGUUGAUGAGGACAUCAUUGACGUGGAUGAGGAACCAGUGGCAGCAGAGCCGGACUAUGUGCAGCCCCAGCUAAGGCGGCCCUUUGAGCUGCUGAUUGCUGCUGCCAUGGAGCGGAAUCCCACCCAGUUUCAGUUGCCCAAUGAACUGACUUGUACCACUGCACUACCAGGUUCUAGCAAGAGAAGAAGAAAGGAGGAAACCACAGGGAAAAAUGUUAAGAAGACGCAGCAUGAGUUAGAUCACAAUGGUCUCGUUCCCUUACCGGUCAAAGUCUGCUUCACGUGUAACAGGAGUUGCCGCGUUGCCCCUCUCAUCCAGUGUGACUAUUGUCCCCUCCUGUUCCACAUGGACUGCCUCGAGCCACCGCUCACUGCCAUGCCCCUGGGCAGAUGGAUGUGUCCAAAUCACAUCGAACAUGUGGUGCUCAACCAGAAGAACAUGACGCUGAGCAAUCGGUGCCAGGUGUUUGACCGUUUCCAGGACACCAUUUCACAGCAUGUCGUCAAAGUGGACUUCCUGAACCGAAUCCACAAGAAGCACCCUCCUAACCGCCGCGUGCUCCAGUCAGUCAAAAGAAGAAGCUUGAAGGUUCCUGAUGCUAUAAAAUCUCAGUAUCAGUUUCCACCUCCUCUCAUUGCACCUGCGGCCAUUCGGGAUGGGGAGCUGAUCUGCAAUGGGAUCCCUGAGGAAUCACAGAUGCACCUUUUGAACUCUGAGCACUUAGCCACCCAGGCAGAGCAGCAAGAGUGGCUCUGUAGUGUUGUUGCGCUCCAGUGCAGCAUAUUGAAACAUUUAUCUGCUAAGCAGAUGCCUUCGCAUUGGGACUCUGAACAGACAGAGAAGGCUGAUAUUAAGCCUGUUAUUGUGACUGACAGCUCAAUCACCAACUCCCUGCAAACAGCUGACAAGGCACCUACACCUUCCCACUACCCCUUGUCCUGCCCCUCAGGGAUUAGCAACCAGAAUUCCCUGAGCUGCUCUCCACCCCACCAACCCCCAACCCUAGAGGACAUCAGCUGCAGUUCUUGUGCGGAAAAAUCCAAGAAAGCCCCCUGUGGGACUGCCAACGGGCCAGUGAACGCAGAGGUGAAAGCCAAUGGCCCACACCUCUACAGCAGCCCCACUGAUUCCACGGACCCCCGGCGACUUCCAGGCGCCAACACCCCCCUUCCAGGCCUCUCCCACCGGCAAGGCUGGCCCCGGCCUCUCACGCCACCAGCGGCUGGGGGGCUUCAGAACCACACCGUCGGCAUCAUUGUGAAGACAGAGAAUGCCACUGGCCCCAGCUCUUGUCCCCAGAGGAGUUUGGUUCCUGUCCCAAGCCUGCCCCCUUCCAUUCCCAGCUCUUGUGCCAGCAUCGAGAACACCAGCACUUUGCAAAGAAAGACUGUCCAAUCACAGAUAGGACCUCCGUUGACAGAUUCAAGGCCACUGGGCUCACCCCCAAAUGCCACCCGGGUGCUCACUCCCCCCCAAGCAGCAGGAGAUGGUAACUUGGCCACAGGAGCCAACCAACGAUUCUGCUCACCAGCGCCAUCAUCAGAUGGCAAGGUCAGCCCCGGCACGUUAUCCAUAGGAAGCGCUUUAACCGUACCCUCUUUCCCAGCCAACUCUACUGCCAUGGUGGACCUCACCAACUCACUUCGAGCAUUUAUGGAUGUCAAUGGAGAAAUCGAGAUAAAUAUGCUGGACGAGAAGCUGAUCAAGUUUCUGGCCUUGCAGAGAAUACAUCAGCUUUUCCCCUCCCGGGUCCAAGCUUCACCGGGCAGUGUCGGGGCACAUCCGCUGGCUUCUGGAGGGCACCACACAGAAGCGCAGAGAAAGGAGGUACAGGCCCGAGCUGUGUUCUACCCUCUCUUAGGGUUGGGAGGAGCUGUGAACAUGUGCUAUCGAACCCUCUACAUCGGGACAGGAGCUGACAUGGACGUGUGCCUUACAAACUAUGGUCACUGUAACUACGUGUCCGGGAAACACGCCUGCAUAUUCUACGAUGAGAAUACCAAACAUUAUGAGCUGUUAAACUACAGUGAGCACGGGACAACGGUGGACAAUGUGCUGUAUUCAUGUGACUUCUCUGAGAAGACCCCGCCAACCCCCCCAAGCAGUAUUGUUGCCAAAGUGCAGAGUGUCAUCAGGCGCCGCCGGCACCAGAAACAGGAUGAAGAGCCAAGUGAGGAGGCAGCCAUGAUGAGCUCCCAGGCCCAGGGGCCGCAGCGGAGACCCUGCAACUGCAAAGCCAGCAGCUCGAGCUUGAUUGGGGGCAGUGGGGCCGGCUGGGAAGGCACGGCCUUACUGCACCACGGCAGCUACAUCAAGCUGGGGUGCCUGCAGUUUGUCUUCAGCAUCACUGAGUUUGCGACCAAACAGCCCAAAGGCGAGGCCGGCCUACUGCAGGAUGGGGUCUUGGCCGAGAAGCUCUCUCUCAAGCCCCACCAGGGCCCUGUGCUGCGCUCCAACUCCGUUCCCUAGGACUGGCGGCUACCCCGUCACCCACCUGUCCACCCAACCCAAGACUCCUGCAAUGCAAAAAUGUACACAAACCAAGCCCGGGGGUUUUUCUAUACUCCACCAGAAACCCUUCAACUACAAUCUUUGCAUGAAAUGAAGAAAACCUUUUGACUGUUUUUUAAAAAUCCUUUUUCUUUUCUCAAGUUCUAGGGGGCAUUUGCACAUAUAUUUGUACUCAACAUUUCAUGGGAAAGCGGCAGACCGAGCUGAGGAACAGCGUGGGCAGGGAGGGGAAGGCCAACGGUCUGGACACUUCCUCCGACACAAAACCGUUCCCCACCCUCCUGCUCCCUCCCCCUCGCCCGCCGUUGUAAAAUAAUCAGAAACUUGUUCUAUUUUGUGGCAGUGACAAUAGUUUUAUAUUAAAAGAAAAAAAUACAGUUUUCAUACAGCAAAAUCUAUACAAUAUCAUUGUUUUAUUUAAUAUAAAGAUCGCUACCCACCCUCCUUCCAUGGUUCCCACCCUCCAGGUUAUUUUCCCUUUCUGCAGCGGUUGCACUACAGGUAGCUACUGUGUAUUAUGGACAAAUGAGAAAUGAAUUCUUUUUCUGGCUGUCCAUCUAUUUUAUUUCAAAUAAGGAAAAGUGUAUUUGGAUUUUGUGUAAAUACAUCUAGUGAUGACAUUUUUUCAAUGUUUUUAAAAACUGUGUACAGUACUACAUGUGGUAGAGCGUUUUCUUCAAAUUGUCUAUUGUAGCAAAAAUGUUUUUGUCGUAAACCUGUUUUGUCUCCUUUUUUUGUUCUCCUGCCACUUCUCUCCUCUUCCUCCCACCCCUGGCUCCCCUCCUCCUCUCCCACCCCCACAACUAGUACCAAUGUACAUAGUAAUUGUAAUGUUUUAGACUUUACAGAAACUUUCCUGUAUUCUGUAUAUAAAAAAACAAAAAGACUUCAAA